GACGGAGACGAAAAGAGAAGGAACGAAAGAGACGAGACGAGCUUCUUCGCCAUUUCCGAAGCUCUCCGAAAUGCGUUCUCUCUUUCUGUUUUUCAAUUCCAUUCAGUAACAAUCCGGACGAUCGGAAUCUGUGAAUAACUAUGUCUUCGUUGUUUAAGUCUCUCCAAGCGAGCGAUGAUAAUGUCUCAGCCGAAUCGCAGUUCAAUAGUUCAUCCUUGUCGUUGGAUUGCGCUCAUUUCACCACCGCUGUUCCUUCUGUUGAAGACGAUUACUCUGCACUCGGUGAGACGCUGAGCCGUCAGCUACGCGGUUUCACCAACUUUCUCGCUCCUCAACCGUCUUCGGCGGUCGUUUCUCCCGCCGAUUCUUCCGACUCGUGUUCGAACUCUUCGUCGCCGUCUCAAACGCUUCAAGGAAUUCGCAAUGAUCUCGCAGAGAUUGGCGGUGGUUUGAGAAACGGCUUCUCAAUGCUCUCUGUUAAGAGCAACAAGGCUGUUGGAGAGAUAUCCAGGCUUGCUUCUAACUUGCUGCCGUUUCUGAGUCGUUCUACCGAUGAUGCAAUAGACGAGGAAUUCAAUGACGAGAUUAUUGAUGAUACGCCGGGAAUUACGAAUGAGGUUCUAAGUUUUGUGAACGACAUUUCUUCGCGGCCAGAGUACUGGACGGAUUUUCCUUUGGCACUAGAUGAAACAGAUUUUAAAAUGUCUGAAGUUCAAAGAAUGCACAUUUCAACUGUUGAGCAGUUGGUGCCAAGUAUAUCAUCUCUUAAAAUAAAGCUUCAGAGUUUCAUGAGCAAUGAACUAUUCUGGAUGAUAUAUUAUAUACUCUUGCUUCCAAGAUUUGAUCAACCGGAUUUUGAGCUUCUAGCAACCUCUGAGAUUGUCGAAGCAAGAAACACUCUUCUAGAUAAACUUCAAACGCAAAAUACAUCACGGGUGAAUUCUGAGGAUACUUGUGAUCAACAGAAGGGAAAUAUGGCAUCUGAGGAAAAGGCAAACUCCUCCCAAAUCAUUGAAGGAGGUGAAGGAUUGGAAAUUGGAGAGAAAACCAAUCAAGGGUUGGAAAAGGCAGAUUCAAAAACUUCUACGGAUGCUAAAAAUCGGGUUAGGCUUGAAGGUAUCUCAUUCAGUGAUAGUGAUAUAGAGGGUGAUGGGACCGAUUUGGCUGGAAGAACAAAGCCCCCAAGGACUUCUUCAUCAGCCGAGUCUAAUGAUUGGGUUCAGCUGCAUGAAAAUCCAGUCCCAAAGCUGGAUCAGCAGAAGGCAUGGAAGCAGGACAGAGAUUCAGAAGGUGGGGAUUCAAGUGAUUGGUUUAAUGUGGAUGAAUUUGACUAGAGAAGUGGACAUAACCACUAGCCCACCCCGUAUUUCCCCAACCUCAACCCAAUCUUUUCUCCCCCCAAAAAAGCUCUCGAUUAAAAAAGAAAAAAAAAAACCUCGAUUUUCUUUACAGUAGAGGAGUGGUCACAAAGGAUUAGGUCUUAUUUUGUGCAUAUGAUUUCUUCAUAAGGUGUUGGGCUUCUAACGCAUUGUUUUCCUCUCAA